UGAGUAGUUGAAUACUUUUGUGAAUAUAAUCGUACUGGAUUUGUGGGAUCCAUCUGUGAAAAAAAAAGAAAAAAAAAAAGAGCAUUCCUUAGGCUGUUGUUGGUUGCAGCAAAUAUCUUCGACCAUCAUGGAGGCUCGUUCUUUGCUGGUGCAAGGAUAAAAAUUUCAGAAUCCGAUUGAAUUUGUGCUAUGAACUCGUUGGGAUCGCCAGUUUUUAAUUUUUCAUUUGCGUCGCAUAAAAAUUUUCACGAUCUUUACCCAGAUUCCUUCCCGAGCGAAAUAGGUGAGCCUCUUCCCACCUCGAUCGCUGCGGCGAUAUGACCUCCCUGAGAAACUUGAUACCGAGAUAUUGCCCACUCUCCCUUCUGGACUCCACCACCACCCUUCCCCAGGUUCACCAAAUCCACGCCCACCUCCUCGUUAAUGGCCAUCUCAACGACCCUCCCCUCUUCGCCAAGUUCGUCGCCACCUUGGCCCUCUCCCUCCCCGACCUCCUCCCCUACUCCCACCACCUCCUCGUCCACUCUCCCCACCCGCCCUCCCUCUUCGCCCUCAACUCCCUCAUCCGGGCGCACUCCAAGGGCCCCACCCCCCACCUCGCCUUCCUCUUCUACCACCAAAUCCUCCACUCCCCCGCCCUCUCCCCCGAUCACUAUACCUUCACCUUCCUCGUCCGCGCCUCCGCCCAGGCCGCCGCUGCUGCCGCCGGCGCUGCCGUCCACGCCUCCGCCCUCAAGCGCGGCCUCGCCGCCGACCCGUACGUCCAGAGCGGCCUCAUCCACAUGUACGCCGAAUUCGCCCUUCCCGACGCCACCCGCCGGGUCUAUGCCGAGCUCCGCCGUCCCGACGUCGUCGCCCAGACCGCCAUGGUGGGCGCCUUGGCGGGCUCUGGCGAGGUCGACCUCGCCCGCGAGAUGUUCGACGGAAUGCUCCAGAGGGACCCCAUCGCUUGGAACGCGAUGAUAGCCGGGUACUCGCAGGUGGGCCGGUCGAAGGAGGCGUUGGAGUUGUUUUCUUUGAUGCAGGCGGAGGGCGUGAGGGUCGGCGAAGCGACGAUGGUGUCGGUGCUGACCGCGUGCGCCCACUUGGGUGCGUUGGCUCAAGGGAAGUGGGCGCACGGUUACAUACAGAAGAACAAGAUUGGAAUCACUGUGACGCUCGGCACAGCAUUGAUAGACAUGUAUUCCAAGUGCGGUGACAUGAGAAAAGCCAUGGAGGUGUUUUGGAGCAUGGGGGAGAAGAAUGUUUACACUUGGAGCAGUGCAGUGAGUGGUUUGGCGAUGAAUGGUGCAGGCAAGGAAUGUCUCGAGCUCUUCGAGCUCAUGAAACAAGAACAUGUGCGGCCCAAUGGGGUCACCUUCAUUUCGGUGAUUCGUGGAUGCAGUGUGGCUGGCUUGGUAGAUAAGGGUCGUGAGCAUUUUGAUUCGAUGAGGGAUGAGUACAGCAUUGAACCAUGGUACGAACACUAUGGAUGCAUCGUUGACUUGUACGGUCGAGCUGGGCGGCUGGAUGAUGCAGUCAAUUUCAUCAAUGCCAUGCCCAUCGAGCCCCAUGUUGGAGCUUGGGGAGCUCUGCUCAAUGCCUGUAGGAUUUAUAAGAAUAUUGAAUUGGGUGAGUUUGCAACGAGAAAGAUCUUGGAGUUAGAAUCAAAGAAUGAUGGUGCUUAUGUGCUCUUGUCAAACAUCUAUGCCGACUCGAGGAAUUGGAAGGGGGUCAGUAGCAUUAGGGAGUCGAUGAAGGCCAAAGGGGUAAGCAAGGAGCCUGGUUGCAGUGUUAUAGAGGUUGGCGGCAAGGUCCAUGAGUUCUUUGUGGGGGAUAGAUCACAUCCAAGGUAUAAGGAGAUUGAGGUGAUGUUAGGGGAGAUGUCAAGGAGGUCGAGGUUGGCGGGGUACGUGGCUAGGACUAAUGAGGUGUUGUUUGACAUUGAGGAAGAGGAGAAAGAGGAUGCUCUUUGUUGGCAUAGUGAGAAGUUGGCUAUUGCUUUUGGGUUGAUUGCAUUGGGGGAGGGAGUGACCAUUAGGAUUGUGAAGAACUUGAGGGUAUGCUUGGAUUGCCAUGAUGCCACAAAGUUUAUAUCAAAGGUCUUUCAGAGGGAGAUUGUUGUGAGGGACAGAAAUAGGUUUCAUCACUUUAAAGAUGGGGUAUGUUCUUGUAUGGAUUAUUGGUGAUGAUUCUAACCGAUCUGUUAUAUUCUCGAGUUCUUUCAUUUCUUUUGAGUUGAUGAGCUCAUGAUUUUGAUUAUUAGUUUUUUUCACUUUUACCUUCUCUUGAAGAGCCUUCUCUUCGGCAAACUACGUAGCAAAUAUUACAUUUACUGAUGUUUUGUUAAUUUGUUUCACACAGAAGAGAGGCGUGUGGGAACUUGUAAAGAAUUUUAUUGAAAGAGUCACAUACUUGAAGUAUUUAAUAAAGUUCUAUUGAAGUAUAACUAUUCUUGGA